GUCUGGCGCCGUGAGAGCCCGCCUUUUCCGACAAAUAAAGGUCGUGGCGGCCGAGUCCGCGGGCGGAGCCAAAUCUGUCGCGAUUAAUGCGGUCGCGGGGACACCCAAAGUGGAGCCCCACGUAGCAAGAUGACCCGAAGCUGCUCGGCAGUGGGCUGCAGCACCCGGGACACCGUGCUGAGCCGGGAGCGCGGCCUCUCCUUCCACCAAUUUCCAACUGAUACCAUACAGCGCUCAAAAUGGAUCAGGGCUGUUAAUCGUGUGGACCCCAGAAGCAAAAAGAUUUGGAUCCCAGGACCAGGUGCUAUUCUGUGUUCCAAACAUUUUCAAGAAAGUGACUUUGAGUCAUAUGGCAUAAGAAGAAAGCUGAAAAAAGGAGCUGUGCCUUCUGUUUCUCUAUACAAGGUUCUUCAGGGCGUACACCUUAAAGGCAAAGCAAAACAGAAAAUCCUAAAACAGCCACUUCCCGAUAAUUCGCAAGAGGUUGCCACCGAGGACCAUAACUACAGUUUAAAGAGGCCUCUGACGAUAGGUGCAGAGAAGCUGGCUGAGGUGCAGCAGAUGCUCCAGGUGUCCAAAAAAAGACUGGUCUCUGUGAAAAACUACAGGAUGAUCAAGAAGAGAAAGGGUUUACGACUGAUCGAUGCUCUCGUAGACGAGAAACUACUUUCUGAAGAGACAGAGUGUCUGCUACGAGCACAAUUUUCAGAUUUUAAGUGGGAGUUGUAUAACUGGAGAGAAACAGCUGAGUACUCCACAGAAAUGAAACAGUUUGCAUGUACACUCUACUUGUGCAGUAGCAAAGUCUAUGAUUAUGUCAGAAAGAUUCUCAAGCUGCCUCAUUCCUCCAUCCUCAGGACAUGGUUAUCCAAAUGCAAACCCAGUCCAGGUUUCAACAGCAACGUUUUUUCUUUUCUUCAGCGAAGAGUAGAGAAUGGAGACCAGCUAUAUCAGUAUUGUUCACUGCUCAUAAAAGGCGUCUCUCUCAAGCAACAACUUCAGUGGGAUCCCAGCAGCCACCAUUUGCAAGGGUUUAUGGACUUCGGCCUUGGCAUACUUGAUGCCGAUGAAACGCCACUCGCCUCCGAAACUAUUUUGUUAAUGGCAGUGGGUAUUUCUGGUCACUGGAGAACACCUCUUGGUUAUUUUUUUGUAAACAGGGCGUCUGGAUAUUUGCAGGCUCAGCUGCUGCGUCUCACCAUUGGCAAACUGAGUGACAUAGGGAUCACAGUUCUGGCCGUUACGUCGGAUGCUACAGCUCACAGCGUGCAGAUGGCAAAAGCGCUGGGGAUACACAUGGACGGAGACGACAUGAAGUGCACCUUCCAGCACCCUUCAGCUUCCAGUCAGCAGAUCGCGUACUUCUUUGAUUCUUGCCACUUGCUCAGGUUAAUACGAAACGCGUUUCAGAGCUUUCAGAGCAUUCAGUUCAUUAAUGGCACGGCACAUUGGCGGCACCUCGUGGAGUUAGCAGCGCUGGGGGAGCAGGAAUUAGCCGGCAUGGAAGGGCUGCCAGGAAGACUUGCGGAUCUGAAAAACCACGUCCUGAAGAUGAACUGUGCUGCCCAGGUGUUCAGUGAGAGCGUGGCCGGGGCGUUGGAGGGCUUGCUGUCGCUAGGCCUGCCUCCUUUCCAGAACUGUAUCGGUACUGUCCAUUUUUUACGCUUAAUUAACAACCUGUUUGACAUUUUUAAUAGUAGGAACUGUUAUGGAAAAGGACUUAAAGGGCCUCUGCUGCCUGAGACUUACAGUAAAAUCAAUCGUGUGCUAAUCGAAGCCAAGACUAUCUUUGUGACGUUAUCUGAUGCUAGCAACAAUCAAAUAAUUAGAGGGAAGCGAAAACUAGGAUUCCUGGGAUUUUUACUUAAUGCUGAGAGCUUAAAGUGGCUCUACCAGAAUUAUGUUUUCCCUAAGGUCAUGCCUUCUCCCUAUCUUCUGACUUACAAAUUCAGUCAAGACCAUCUGGAAUUAUUUUUGAAGAUGCUUCGGCAGGUAUUAGUCACCAGUUCUGCCCCUACCUGUAUGGCAUUCCAGGCGGCUUACCAUCGUUUGGAGACCAGAUACAGAUCACAGGACGAAGUUUUUCUAAGUGAAGUAAGCAUCCUUGACAUUUCACUUGCUCGAAGGACAGACUUGGCCCUGUGGACAGUUCAGCGUCAGUAUGGUGUCAGCGUUGUAAAGAGUCUUUUUCACAAAGAGGGUAUUUGCCAAGACUGGUCUGAUUGUUCUCUAAGUGAGGCAUUACUCGAUCUGUCCGAUCACAGGCGAAAACUCACCUGUUGUGCCGGUUAUAUCGCAAACAAGUUAUCGGCUCUUUUAACUUGUGAAGACUGCAUCAGUGCCCUGUAUGCUUCCGAUCUCAAAGUUGCAAAAAUUGGGUCACUGUUGUGUGUUAAAAAGAAGAAUGGUUUGCAUUUCCCUUCAGAAAGUCUGUGUCAAGUCAUAAAUACUUGCGAGCGGAUUGUGAGAACCCACUCAAGGAUGGCAGUCUGUGAACUGCUUCCGAAACAGAGAGACCUGUUUCUGCAGCAGAAGAUUUUAUGUGAGCUUUCCGGGCAUCUUUACCUUUUUGUAGAUUUAGAUGAGCAUCUCUUCGAUGGAGAAGUGUGCGCCAUCAAUCACUUUGUAAAAUUACUAAAGGAUAUCAUAGUCUGUUUCUUAAAGAUCAGAGCUAAAGAUGCAGCGCAGUACCCUUUGAAACACCAUUCAGAAAGACCCGAAAUGAAAACUUUCUCAAGGAAACGCUGGUCAUCUUUACAGGAUGAUUACAGAUGUUCAGGUUUCGCUAACACCAAUAAAUUCAGGCAUUUGUUGAGUAAUGACGGAUAUCCGUUCAAAUGAGGGACCCGAGAUAUGUCCAGGUUUUUGCGAAGAAUAAUUGCUCAGCAUUUUGUGUAGUUCAACUUACUGUAUUUUAUAAAUUGACCAUUCUGCACAGUUGACAAGUUUGUAAUUCUGACUUACUAGAAUUUCUAAUUAUGCGUAUUAUAAAAUCUCAUACUUUGGUUGGCAGCAUUUCAGUUCCCUGGAUCGUAGAAAGCUGUAAGUCCGCGGGAGCGGACUAGCCAACAGACGCUGCCUUUGAAUACGCUACUCUCGACUGGGUAAUGGGACCGGACAUACUUUUAACCUGUUCCGUCUAUUUUAAAGAGAGACAAUAACAACUCAAGAGUCGUUUAAAACAUUGACUCUUACAAAUAGACUGCCUUCCCUAAAAGCGCUUUGGUUUACAGCUGCCAAGAGUGUUAACAGAAAAAUUAAAAAAAAAAAAUGUUGACAAUACCUAUAAAACCUUGGAUAUAAAUUUUCUUUACAUUUGAAAAUUAGGCUAACUUAAAAUCUCAAAUACCACAAAAUCCCUUUGCCAAGGUACCCUAAAAGAGAAAUGGGCUGCAACAAAGCUGGGGAAUGUAGUCCAAGAAGCAUGUGAGGCCAUUUUCACAGUCCAUUGUCCUUGGACUUCGAAAUACUAGUUUUGAGUAAUAGAGUGGAUACUUAUUUGACCACCGGAAGACCCCGAUGCCCAUCCGAGGAUGAGAAGAAGCUUAUUUCAGCUUCUCCUUCUGACGCCUCCUCGUGUUUGCAGGGAGGCUGAAAUAAACUCGCUUUCAGUGUUGAGUCAAUAAUGGGAUGUAUGUCGUCCGACUAAUAAACUAGAAAAAGAUGGUCAUUUGGUUAUGAAAAUAUUUGUCUUAAUUAUAUAAUAUAUAAUAAGUUUUUUUCAGAAAUUUAGAGGAGCUUAAAUAAUCUCAAGAUGAAAAUAUACAAAGAACAAAUUUUCUCCGUUCUCUCACACCUAAACUUGAAAAGAUGAAUAGAAAAACAUUUAGGUACAUGUACUUUCACAUACGGGGAGUGUUUUAAAUAAAAGAAACAAGCACAUGAUUCAUUUCUGUAUGUAAAACAUUUACUCUUGUCAUUGACUGAAUAUUCACAAAAUAUAGUUAAUAUGAAAACUUAAACUUGCAGAAGAUUAAUGACCAGGUAAAGUUGAGUUUUAUUAACAAAUUCUCCUUAAAUUGAAUAUUUUGAUAUAUUUUUUGUUCUACCUCAAAGACUUAAAUUUUGAGUUGUAACCAGAAUUGUACUACAUCUUAUGCAGGAGCUGUUGCUGAGAAGUCUAGAUGGUGUGGUUUUCGUUUGUGAUGGGAUGAGUUUAGAUGCACUGGAUAAUCUUAUUUAAAAGAAGCCUAUUUGUAAAUCACCACCGUUUAAUUUAUUGUUUAUAUAAAUCCCAAGUUUUGUCCUGAAUUUUACUUAAAACUAGGUUCAUAUCUGUAGGUGUCUGUUCUUUGCUGCUGCAUUUUAUUACUUUACUAAUACAUAUUGUACUUUAAGAAAUUAGUGUUUUGCAUUAUUUCUUUAAAUGCUGGAUAAAUUGGACAAACAUGGAAGACAAAAAUAUUUCUGUCACUGCCUUUCACUAUUACUUGCUCUCAUCUUAGUGAAAGGGUUUCAAGUCUGAUACCAGGUUUACUUAACAUGAUGUGCUUUACAGUGAAUUUUCAAAAUUACUCAUAUUUGAUUAGGGUAAUUUAUAUUUUCCACUUAGCACCUUUGUCCUUUUUUCUUCAGAGAAAACAAACAUUCUCUUGAGAAAUUUAUCCUUUCUACUUUUCAACAAAUAGUGAUGGAACAACUGGAUGUCCACAUGCGCAAGUAUUAAUUCCACGUGGGUCAAAGACCUAUAUGUCAAAGGUAAAACUAUAAAACUCCACGAAGAAAAUCAAGUAAAUCCUUGGUACUUGGAUUAGGCAAUAGUUUCUUAAAUAUGACACCAAAAACAUAACAAAAAGUAAAUUGGACUUCACCAAAAAUAAAAACUUGUGUUUCAAAGGACACCGUCAAGAAAGAGACAACCCACAAAAUGGGAGAAAUUUUUUACUAAUAUAUCUGAUAAGGGACUUGUAUCCAGAAUAUACCGAGAACUCCUAUAACUCAAUAAUGAAGGACCAAUAACCCAGUUUGAAAAAUGGGUAAAGAAUAUCAAUAGACAUUCUUCGAAGGAGAUCUACACAUGGCCUGUAAACACAUGAAAAUACACCCAACACCAUAAACUAGCUGGGCAAUGCAAAUGAAAACCACAAUGAGGUACCACUUCACACCCACCAGGGUAGCUGUAAGACAGAUCAUAACAAGUGUUGACAAGAGGGGAGCAAUUGAAACCCUCACACACUGUUGGUGGGAAUGCAGGUGCUUUGGAGACAGCUUGGCAGUUCUUCAGAAGGUUAAACAGAGUUACCGUAUCUCCCAGCAGUCUCCUGACAGGCACAUACCCAAGAGAAAUGAAAACAUGUCCAUGUACAAACUUGUACACACAUUUCCUAGCAUUAUUAUAGCUAAAAAGUGAAAAAGCCUAAAUGUCCAGUUGAUGAAUGGUUGGAUAGAAACAUGCUGUAUCCACACCGUGGGUGAUGUGGUGAGGGUAUGUAGCACUGCCAGAACCUUUGUGGAGCGACUGGACCACAUACCUGCACUCCGGUCAGGAAUGCUCUCCUUUCUCCCCAGUAUCUGGUAGUGCUCGGUUUUUGUUUGGAAUUCCCCAGUUUAAUAGGCGCGAAGCGACACUUCACUGUGGCAUUCAUUUCCAUUUUCCUCAUGGCUGAUGGCACUGAGCAUCUUUUCAUAGGGUUAUUUGCCAUCCACAUAAUCUUAGGUGAAAAGUCUGUUCAAGUCCUUUGCCCAUAUUUUGGAAGGUUGAUUUGUUCUUAAUUAUAUAUUCUGGAUGUAAGUACACUAUCUGCUGGAUUUUGCAAAUUUUCUGACAGUCUGUGGCUUGUUAGUGUGUUUUGAAGAGCAGAGACUAAUUUUGCUGAGUCCAGUUGAUCUUUUUUUUUCCUUUGAGGGAUCAUAGUUUCGUAUCUAAGAAAUCUUUCCUAACCCAAGGCCAUAGAGAUUUUUCUUCUUAGGUUUUCUUCUAGAUAUUUUGUAGCUUUAGGUUUUACAUUUAGGUUAUGAUCCAUUUUCAGUUAAUUUUGGUCUGUGGUCUAAGUUAAGUUUCAUAUUUUUAUAUGUGGAUAUCCCAGCACUGUUAAAAAGAUUAUUCUUUCUUCCCUGAAUGACCUUUGCAACCUUGUAAAAAAUUGACCACAUACACAUGGGUCUGCUUCUGGGUUCUCUGUUCUGUUCCAUUGAUCCAUAGGUCUAACGCUUCACCUGCACCAGUGUCCUGAUUAGCCUUCUAUGAGUCUUGAAGCUCUAUUCUUUAUUCAGAAAUGUUUGGCUAUUCUAAUUGUACUUUUCUAUAUAAAUUUUAUGAACAGCUUGAUUUUUUACAAAUAUUCCUGCUGGGAUUUUGAGUGUUUUGUGGAAACUAAAGAUCAAUUUGGGAAGAAAUGAGAUGUUAAUAUUGAAUGUUUCAUUCCACGAACAUGAUCUAUCUUUCUUAAAGUAUUCUCUAAGUUUAUUAAUGUUUCUACAUUUCACCUACAGAUCUUGUAUAUAUUUGUUACAUUUCAUGUUGUGUGGUGCUAUUGUAAAUGGUAACUGUAAAAAUUUGUUUCUAAACGUUCAUUGCUACUAUGUAAAAAUAUAAUUUUGUAUAUUGACUGCUUGAACUCAAUUAGUUCUAGUAGCCCUUUUUAAAAAAAGAUUGCUAUGACUUUCCUAUAUAGGCAGUCAUGUUAUCCACCAGUAGAUACUGUCUUACUCAUUUCCAGUCUGUGCCUUCUCCCCCAACCCCGCCAUCCCCACCCCCGACCUUAUUGUACAGUGACCUGCAACACAGUAUUGACUAAGAGUGCCUUGUUCCCAGUCUUUGAGGGGGAAACCUUCAGCCUUCAUCACUCAUAGGAUGUUAGCUGUAGACUUCUUGGUAGAUGGUCUUUUCAGGUUGAUAAUCCCUUCUCUUCCUGGUUUGCCAAAGAGUGUGUGUAUGUGUGUUUAAAUCAUAAAUGGGUCUUGAAUUUUGUCAAUUUUUCUGCACCUUUUAAUUUUUUUGGAAAAACAGUUGAAUAUAAUUUACAUGCUGUAAUAUUUGCCUUUUUAAAGCAUAUAAUUCAGUUUUUAGUAUAUUUAAAAGGUUUCCUGCAACUUCUGAGAUGAUCAUAUAGUUUUACUUCUUUUGUAUGUUGAUACAGUGAAUUACAUUGAUUAUUUUUUAAUGUUGAGUCAACCUUUUAUUACUGGGAUAAAACCCAACUGAGUCAUGAUGCAUUCUUUUUAUCUACUGCCAGACUUCAUUUGAUAAUAUAAUCAAUUACAGAGUUGAAGUCUGUGGCCUUAUAGUAAAUAUUACUCUGAACAUAAUUAUUUUUUUACUGCUUUUGAGUAAAAACUAAGCAUGCCUUAAAUGCUUUCAUAAAACCUAUAGGCCUUUAUACAUUUCAUUUUAUAAAAUCACUUGGAUCAUAAAGAGCUCACAUGUGGUCUAUAGAUAAUGACAACAUCUGCAUUAAAGAAACCCUCACAUACACACACACCCCAAGUCCUAAGUAACUGACAUAAGAGAAAAUAAUUCCAAUAGUGAAGGCUUUCUAGCCUUCCUCUAAUUUGGAUUGCUGCUGUGGAAUUUCUACAUAAAAUUCCGAAAAAGGAUGCAACAUGAUGCUGGAGGUCCUGGUUUGAAGCUGCAUUUACAUAACAAGUAUUUAUUUUCUUAGCUACUUGUGUUACAGACCAAUAAAAGUGGAAAACUUU